AUACUUCAUACAUCAAUAAAUUAAACAAUCUCCUAAUUGUGCGUGUCCUACCAAAUUAAGUUCCAUCCUUAUUGCUUACCUUUCUUUCGUAUCCUUGCUAUAUAUACCACCAUUUUACAUCCAUGAGUUUCCCAUUCCAUAUACUCUCUUAAUUACUAAACUUUUAUUCUAUUAAUUAAUUAAUUAGCUCUUGGAUCUAUCUUCAUAAUAAUUAAAGAGCUAAUUAUUUAUUGAGUAAUUAACAAAAAAAUCUGAGUUUAAUAAAUGAGAAUGGGGCUUAUUUCUUGUAUUGCUUUUUUGAUAGUACUGUUCUUGGCUGUGACUACAUCUCCUGUUUUUGGCAAUGAUGCUGACAUGCUCCAAGAUAUUUGUGUUGCUGAUUCUACUUCGGAAGUGAAGUUAAAUGGAUUCGCAUGCAAGAAUGCAGCAAACAUAACAGCUGAAGACUUCUUCUUUGGCGGUAUAUCCAAACCCGGAUUAACAAACAACACAAUGGGAUCUCUAGUAACCGGAGCCAACGUCGAAAAAAUACCCGGCUUAAACACACUCGGAGUAUCCAUGGGUCGUAUCGACUUUGCCCCAGGCGGGCUUAAUCCGCCCCACACACACCCACGGGCCACAGAAAUGAUAUUUGUAAUGUACGGAGAAUUAGAUGUUGGGUUCAUAACUACAACUAAUAAGCUUAUUGCUAAACAUAUUAAGGUUGGUGAAACCUUUGUUUUUCCAAAAGGGUUAGUCCAUUUUCAGAAAAAUAACGGCGAUAAACCUGCUGCUGUUAUAACUGCUUUCAACAGUCAAUUGCCUGGCACCCAAUCAAUUGCUGCCACGUUGUUUACGUCGAUCCCACCUGUUCCAGAUCAUGUUUUGACUAUGGCUUUCCAGAUUGGUACUAAGCAAGUUGACAAGAUUAGGGAUAGGCUUUCCCCUAAGAAGUGAUUAAUCAUUUUAUUUUCAUUUUUAAUUUGGGUUUAUGCAUUGGAUUGAAUUUUAUGGUUGUUUAAACAUUUGUAUUUACGGAUAAAUGAAAGAUUUUAUGUUUACUUGUAUAAUAAGUUGACUUUUAGUCAACAAAAUUGCGGAUUACAGUCACACAAAAAAAAUAAUUUAAAUUUUGGAGUGAACAAAUGUAUUGAUCAAUAAAUAUUCUCUCAUUAAGUUUUACUUUAUUAUAAAGGAAUUAUUUCUUAUA